AUGGCCGCCUCGUCAGAAACCACCAUAUCAAGAUUCAAGAAAACUCUGGAUCCGUACAUAAAGCCCCGGGAACAAGUCAAUUACAUCAGACGAGUUUUGGCCCUCGAACUGGGUUCCUACACUGGUGAUGGACCAAUCCAGCAGCCACUGUCACUCAACGACGGACCACUGGAGAGAGAGAUUGGCCCAGAACUCAAAGGCGUAUAUAAAGAGUACAUUGAAGCCGUUCACGCAAACAACAUGGCCCAUCGGCAAUUCGAUCAAAUAGCAAACGAAAGCCUGUUACAAGCUUCAGCACCUACAAAGUCCCAAAACGAAGCUAGUUCAUCGUCAGUACUGGAAGACCACUUGACUCUUUUGAAGCUCCGCAAGAAGCACGAAAGUCUUGUAACAAUCCAGUCUUAUUUGGACCAUCUAUCAGAAACCCCUCUGGCCUACCAGGAUGCCAUCAACAUUGAGCAAGCCCUCAAAGGCGGCAAAUCUCUUCCCAACGUUCCAAGCUCCGUAAUCAACAGCUUUGUAGUCGAGCAAACCGCAGGACAACCCGAUCUGCAAAGCCACGUGAACCAGCUUGACAAGACGGUCCUAAGAACAAAGCUGCUUCUCAAACAGGAAGAACGACUACUAGCUGAAGCACGUGCAAGAUGCACAAUCAAACCAGAGCUUGUGAGCAACGGCGCAAAGCUACAAGCCUUGAACAACACUCGCAACGAGCUGAUCAACUGGAUUGAAACAGAACUAAGCAAGGCAUCAACCGAGGAAGAAGAGGCGGCCACGCAAGUGUCGACCCGGCAGACAGAACAGACAGCACAGGACCAGGCCGCGAUUAGCAGCCAACUGCACCAAAUCCAGGACAAAUACAAGGAAUACGUUGCCGCACGAAAGGAAUUACUAAAACUCACAUCCCAAACCCCUCAACCGUCAAUGCCACCCCCCGAAACAACCACUGCUCAAUCCUCCUCAACCACUCGCGAGGCAGUAGCCCCAUCAACAGACCUCCUCCUCACUCCGUAUCUCGAAGCAGUCCUCACCAAGGCACGAUACCAAAAGGCCCUCGUGACACAUAAAUCCCACAUCACAGCGUCACUGGACAAACAAAACAAGGAAUCGUGUCAACUUCUCGGGCGUUUAGCCGAAGAGAGCCAGCUGCUCUCCGCAUAUCCCAUGAAGGACUCAACACGCAGACGCUCCGGAAUCCCAGAGAUUAUAGCAGCAAAGCCCACUGAGCGACCUGAUAUUGCUAGUCGGAUCAAGCCGUGGGUGUUUGCUGCUGAUGCCGCCAAGAUUGGGACGCUGGAGGCGGUAGCAGAGAAGAUAGAGGUUGGGCAGGUGGCGCUGGAGAGUUCAAUGGAGGCUCUCCACGAGAUGGAUAUGUUGCUGGGAUUGGAGGAGGAGCAGGAGGUGGAUGAGGUUGAUACGACAGAGGAUGACAUGUGGUUGCAGGGCCAGGGGAUCAAGAAGCAGCCCAGGAAGAAGAAGGCGCUGCAGCCAAAUAAGGGGGAUCCCUGGGCUAAGAUUCACGGGAAUCUAGGUCUGAUUGGCCAUGAUAACGCAGCAUGA